GGGGCCCCUGCCCGGCCGGGGGCGGGGUUGCGGACGCUUCCCCUUCCCUCGGCUCCCGCCGGCGCAGGCAGCUGCCGCGGCAGCGAGCAAGCUGCGGCCCCGCGAGGCCAUGAAGGUGAAGAAGGGCGGCGGCGGCGGGGCCGGGACGGGGGUGGAGCCCGCUCCAGGGGCCUCGGGCCGGAGCGUGGAGACCAAGCCGGAGCUGCAGGCGGAAUCCGAAUCCGGGUCCGAGUCGGAGCCGGAGGCAGGCCCGGGGCCCAGGCCGGGGCCGCUGCAGAGGAAGCAGCCGAUCGGGCCGGAGGACGUGCUGGGGCUGCAGCGGAUCACGGGCGACUACCUAUGCUCCCCUGAGGAGAAUAUCUACAAGAUUGACUUCGUCAGGUUCAAGAUUCGGGACAUGGAUUCAGGCACUGUUCUCUUUGAAAUCAAGAAGCCCCCAGCCUCAGAGCGGUUGCCCAUCAACCCACGGGACCUGGACCCCAAUGCUGGGCGCUUUGUCCGCUACCAGUUCACGCCUGCCUUCCUCCGCCUGAGGCAGGUGGGAGCCACCGUGGAGUUCACAGUGGGAGACAAGCCUGUCAACAACUUCCGCAUGAUUGAGAGGCACUACUUCCGCAACCAGCUGCUCAAAAGCUUUGACUUCCACUUUGGCUUCUGCAUCCCCAGCAGCAAGAACACCUGCGAGCACAUCUAUGAUUUCCCCCCUCUCUCUGAGGAGCUGAUCAACGAGAUGAUUCGUCACCCAUAUGAAACACAGUCUGACAGCUUCUACUUCGUGGAUGACCGGCUGGUGAUGCACAACAAAGCAGACUAUUCCUACAGUGGGACGCCCUGACCCCCAAACCAGCCCCUACCCCAGGAGGGCCCGGGGCCCGCAGCCGUGACCACCCCAGCACUCACCUGUCAGCCCCAGGUCUUCUGCCUGGGCAGUGCUCCAGAAGCCCUGAACCCUGAGUCAGUGUUGGGAGGGCGGGUGCCUGAUGUCCCCCGUCCAAGUCUGUGCAGCCCAUGGGGCCUGGCACGUGGGGUGGGGUGGUGGGAGGCUGUUUGCCUCCAUAGCCAGGAAGACCUCCCGUGGGAGGAGUAGCCAGGACUUCCGGACAGCCAAGCUGGGCCUCUUGGGCCCAAGUUUCAGAAUAGUGUUCCCCUAUCCAGGCUUUGACUAGGUCGGGGCAGGGGGUCCCAUUCCCUGUCCCCUGCCCACCACUGACAGGCCAUUUAGAGUCGUAAAUUCACAGAGGAAGGUCCUUGUGGGGUCUGGCAGUUAAGCCCUGACCGCAGCCCCAGCCUCUACCAUCAGGGGCUGAGAUCCUGCCUGAGGUGUGAGAGGGACCUGCCCAGAUUGCAGCCUGGGGUAGGGGCUGGACCAACUGUAUAUAGUUUUCAAUAAACUC